GCUGCUGGCUUGUGUAAUUGAUAAGAGCGGUUGUUUAUAUUAUAAGUAUUUUGUCAUAAGAUGCGACGUGUUGUGAGUAUUUUAAAAAACUAAUUCUAGUGAAUUAGUGUGCCGGCCAUCGAUUAAGUAUAGUAUAGUGCCAAAUACACGUCAUUAUGCGUCAUUGUCAAAUUCGGUUUGUUGGAAUUGCCAGAAACCUGCGAAACAAAUGAUUUGUACCGACUGCGGCAGCUUGCAGGAUGUGGACAAUACAAUUAACUACUUUAAACUGCUGGACUUUCCCACACAAUUCACGUUGCAGUCUCAGCAGCUUACACAGCGUUUUCGGCAGUUGCAGGCGCGAGUGCAUCCCGAUAAAUACAGUAACAAGACAUCACGGGAGCAAACAAAUUCGGCAGAUUGGAGUUCGCUAAUCAACAAGGCUUAUAAAACGCUGUAUGCACCUGUGGAACGCGGUCAAUACAUGCUACAGUUGGCCGGCGAAGAGAUGCCACAGGAUAAUAGUGCAUUGAACGCCACAUUUUUAAUGGCCAUGAUGGAGCGGAAUGAGGAGGUGGAGGAGGCCGAUAACAGCGCUGCACUGGAAAAGUUGAGCGCCAACAUUUCCCAAGAGCUUGAAGCAUUUGCCAAGAAGCUAACAACACAAUUUGAGGCGAAUGACUUGGCGGCGGUGAAGGCAACGCUUGUGGAAAUGAAAUAUUUGCACAGCAUACAAAGCAGUAUCAAAAAGAAACAACAACAUUUGAUGUCUGCAUAGAGAAAUCGAUUGGUUUUAAUCAUCGGUCAUCGAUAGGUUGCAGAGAACGCGAAGUUGGCUGUACCAAACGUCAACUGGACAAAGAAACAGCUGGCAGUUGACUACAACAAUGUCGGAUUCCAGUCAUGAUCGAUUUGCUAUGUAUACUAAUGAAUGUGAUUAAAAAAAAAACACAGGUGAAUGCACCUGCUGAUAAGUGAAUACAACUUUGUUGUUGUUACAAUAA